AACCAUGGUAUGACACUUGAUUGAGGUAGCCAGUCCAUAAACGACCACCAACCGCUGCCGCCGCCAUGAGUAAGCUAUUUCAAUUUCUGGCCCUCCUCCUGUUGAGUGUCAAUGCCAGACGGACCGACGGAGACAGACCUGCGGAUGACGCGUACGCCGGCCAGCAGCGUCGCGGCUCCCUUCACAAGUCGAAUUACAACAACAAUAAUAAUUACAAUCAUCAGUCGAACUCGCCCUAUCUUCCGCAUCAGCAAUCUAGAGAGCGGAAGCCCAACAUCGUGCUGAUUCUGACGGAUGAUCAAGACGUUGAACUAGGUUCGCUGAACUUUAUGCCACGGACUUUGAAGCGAAUAAGGAACGAGGGCGCCGAGCUGAGACACGCGUACGUGACCACUCCCAUGUGCUGUCCAAGCAGGAGCUCUUUGCUCACCGGUCGUUACGUUCACAAUCAUGAGGUCUUCACGAACAACGACAACUGCAGCAGUCCCCAGUGGCAACGAGAUCACGAACCACACUCCUUCGCCGCUUACUUGAGCAACGCGGGAUAUCGGACAGGAUACUUUGGCAAGUAUUUGAACAAGUACAACGGCUCGUAUAUACCACCUGGAUGGCGGGAAUGGGGCGGUCUUAUAAUGAACUCCCGCUACUACAACUACAGUGUCAACAUGAACGGCAAGAAGAUAAAGCACGGCUUCGACUACAGUCGGGACUAUUAUCCGGAUCUGAUAGCCAACGACAGCGUGGCUUUCCUUAGGCAGAGCAAACACAAUUUCGCCCGGAAGCCGGUAAUGUUAGUCGCCAGCUUUCCGGCGCCGCACGGUCCGGAGGACUCGGCGCCGCAAUUCUCGCAUCUCUUCUUCAACGUCACCACUCAUCAUACGCCAGCAUAUGAUUAUGCACCGAAUCCCGACAAACAAUGGAUACUGCAAGUUACGCAAAAGAUGCAGCCCAUUCAUAAGCAGUUUACAGAUCUUUUAAUGACAAAACGAUUGCAAACCUUGCAGAGCGUCGACGCUGCUGUGGAUAGGAUUUAUCAAGAAUUAAAAGAUCUGGGUGAACUAGAUAACACGUAUAUUAUUUAUACGUCUGAUCACGGAUAUCAUUUGGGCCAGUUCGGACUUAUAAAAGGCAAGAGCUUCCCGUUCGAAUUCGACGUACGAGUGCCAUUCCUUAUUAGAGGUCCUGGUAUCGAACCUGGAUCCAUAGUAGACGACAUAGUUUUGAACAUCGAUCUGGCGCCGACGUUCCUGGAUAUCGCCGGCGUUGAGACGCCGCCACAGAUGGAUGGUCGUUCCUUCAAGAAACUCUUUCUUAAUAGCAAGCACGGCAGAAGGUCGAAGUUCAAGUGGCCCGACACAUUCCUGAUCGAGUCCUCUGGCCGCCGUGAAACUCCGGAAUCUAUCGCUGAAUCGAAGGCGCGAGAAGCCAGGAGACAAAAUGCCACUCAAGUCAAGCGGCCGUCGAGCUCAACGCCGGAAGGGGAGGAUGAUGAUAUUGCUGAUCCAGAUGCGGAUGUCGAAACAGAGCAUCGAUUCAUAGAGAAUGACACCGGAAGUGAUCAGGAUAUCUCUGAUGACGAGGAUUUUGAGGACUCGAUGAUCGAUGAGACGAGCUCAGAUCCACAUCUCGACAAUAGGGUGCAUCCGAUGCACGCGCCCUUUGCGACAAAGCACGAGCGUCUCGCAGCGGAGUGCUCGCGACCAGAAGUGCAGACCGAUUGUCUCCCCGGACAGAAGUGGCGAUGCGAGAGAGACGGACACCGCUGGCGACGGCACAAGUGCAGAUAUGCGGCGCCUCCACCGCCGCAAAAGGUUUCCAAGAAGUGCGCUUGCUUCACCCCCAACGGCGUGAUCUAUACGAGACUCGAGUCCAACGAUUACGACGGACAGAGAUACGGUUUGACGAAGGACCGCCGGCUUGUGGAUCCUUAUGACGAUACGGGAUUCUUCACCAAACGAGGCAAGCGAGAAAUAUCGGAUGAUAUCGUAUUAGCCGAGGAAAAUAAUGAAGAGUCUGAUAAUGACAUUGAUUUGGAUGAUAGAGAUAGACGCGCGAUUGACGAGGAAGAUGAUGACGAUAUGAUGCAGGAGAUUGAUAUGCUGGCGCGGGAGGUGAACCAAGAAUAUAAGAAAAAUCUUGAUAGAACCGGCAGUAAUACAAGAAUUGAGAAUUCCGAUGAAACUGACGAAUUAAACAAAUACAUUGUCGACUACUUGGAUUACGGCUACUCGAUAAACGAUUUUGAUCCCACUUUAGAUAAGAUUGUUAAUGGUCGAUUAAACUUGAAUGACGUAAUAAAAAGGCAUCGGAGAGUACGGAGAAACGUGACGAAGAAGGAUACUAUAGAGCAUGUCACGAAGAUUAUGGAAAGCAUUGAAGAAGAACUAGAUGACUUGAAGCAAACUCAAGUUCGUCACUUAUCAUCCGAAGUAGGAAAAUCAUUGUCGCCAAAAUGUUUGGUUUUACCGGAAGGGGGUGUAAACUGUACCGAAGCCAUAUAUCAAGAUCCUAACGAAUGGCGAAUAUCCAGACGGGAGAUUGAGCAGCAAAUCCGAGAGAUGCGAACGCAAUUGGAAAUGUUGAAAGAGAUUCGCAGGCACUUAAUGAUCAAACGACCACAAUUUUCGGAUAAUGAAGAGAAGCUUGCUGACGCAGAAGAAACUCGCAGUUCGCACAAAACCCACCAUCAUUCUCCGAAGGGACACGCAAGCCGACAUCAUAAAAAGCACGAUAAAAUUGCUCAUACUACUGCAGAUCUUAUCACAAACACGACCACGGAGUCUGUUACGAAGAUUAAUACUACUCCGAGCGAUGAAAAACCGUCGACGACAGAAGACAAGCCCGACAAAUAUAGUUCUAUUGAAACUUCUACAACAGAGACUGCAAGUGAAACAUCAACGACAAUGAUUCUAACAACAGUUAAACCGAAGAAACAACCUCGUCGUCAGAAGAUUAAGGAGACACCUACGAACAGAACAGAAAUCGAAGAGGAUAAACCGCAAAGGCGCAGGAAAACGCAUCAUCGUAAAAACAAUACGCUGCUUACGAAUAGUGUACACGAUGAUGUCCCACGCGCGAAUACAACGUAUGUUACUAGUGAUGUGACAUUGUCUACGCAAAAUCCUACGACUCGCGAGAAACACAAUCACAAAUUUAUGACUGUUCCUGCUACUACGAUUACAGAAGCAAGCACUGUGAGGCAAGGAACUCAUUAUUCAGAAGUAUUCAGGAGUAAUAACGAUUCCAACGAAGAUCGUACUACGGAAUCGAUCGCAGUUACUGAAUCUGGAUCGACUAUAACAAUGACGUCGAUACAUAUGACCGAGGUGCCAAAAAUUAAUCCGGCUAUCGACAAAAGUUUCGGUCGACCUCGAAAUACAUCCAUUAUAUUACCGACUACACCGUCAGUGAAGAGAUAUCCCAAGGUACAAAAGAACAGGACGACAGGUCUUGGACCAGCGAGGAUCGACGUUACUAUUCUUGAAUCUCCUGAUAGAAAACACAAACAAGGUUUAAUCAAUAACAACGAUCGUCUGCCACCGAUGCUAAACACUCCCUUAGAAGCACGACAUAAAUGUUAUUGCGAGCCAGAUACAAAAAAAGAUGAGAAAGAGAUCGCUAGGGAAGAAAGACGAAGAUUGAAGGAGGAGCGUUUAAAGAAGAAAGAACGAAAACUCAGAAAGAAGGCAAAGCUGGAAAAGGAAUGCCUAACGGAAAAAAUGAACUGCUUCGAGCAUGAUAACGAUCACUGGCGUACCGCACCUCUGUGGAAUGCGGGACCAUUUUGCUUUUGCAUGAAUGCUAAUAAUAACACGUAUUCGUGCAUACGUACAAUUAACAAGACGCACGAUUUCCUUUACUGCGAAUUUACUACAGGAUUAGUAACAUAUUAUAAUUUAAGACUUGAUCCAUUUGAACAAUGGAAUAGAGCGUCAUCUUUGACACCAACUGAAAAAUCUUAUCUGCACGAUCAAUUGGAACACUUGAAGGGCUGUAAAGGUACAUGGGAUUGUACAGUCGGUAACGCCAGAGAGGCUAUGCCACAACUUCAGCAACACCAACGAUAUAUUUCGAAAAGAAAAUAUAGUGAUGCAUUCGCAGAAGAUAUGUUCGUACCUUCGGCGUUACAAAUUAUACGCGAAAGCGAACUUGGCAAUCUAUCUAAUAAAAGACGAAAGAAGUUACAAAACUGGAGUAGGCGUAGUAGAAGCUGGCAAAGUAGCUGGCGACAUCAAGAUUCAGUGAAUCCCCGACGUCAUAAUUAUAGACAUCAAUACUGAUUUAUCUUUUCUUUUUUACGCUUCAACAAUUUCGUGACAAAUUGCCUUAGAUAUAUAUUGAUUUCGCAAUGCAUUUAGUAACCUAAUUUAUUUAGUAAUAAAUAAUGAAGAGACCGAGCUUAUAUUAGCAGAUAUUUAAAUUAAUAACUCAAUUUUAUUAGAUCUUCGUCAUCCACAUUGUGCAUGUUUUCAAUACAUUUUACGGCGACUGUCAGAUUUAAUUGUAGAAAUGUCAUAUGCACCGUGUGGAACACAUUUAUAAAUAUAUAAAAUAUGUAAUUUUUAUAUGAUUUAUAUACGUUUUAUAUA